CGAGCAUUGCGCUCGCAUCUUAAUCCGACCUCGCUCUCAGUUAAAUUUCGAGCAAAAUGCACUUGACAUCCACGCUGAUUAGCCUUCUUAUCGUGGGUCUCGUCGGACUCGAGCUACCCACUCCCGCCGUCGCCCAGUUCUGGAAAAGUGUUAAGAGCGCCUCAAAUGGGGAUCCUAACUCCAUGUGGCGCAGUGAGACGCUGGCCCAACGGCCCCCGGGAAUCUGCUACAGGAGCCUUAUUGUGGAAACCGUGAAUCCGAACUCUAGACUCCGACAGAUCUCCUACUGCUGCGAUGGCUAUGUGAAUAGAGGGAAUACCCAGAACCUGAAGUGUGAGCCUAUCUGCAGAGAGGAUUGCUCGAAUGGGGUGUGCAUCACGCCCGGAAGUUGCGAGUGUGCUCCGGGUUACUUCCGGCAGAAUAAAAAGUGCCGUAGCGAACAGGAUUAUGAUCAAUAAAUAAAUGAACGAUAGCAAACCAAAAAGC